AUGGGUGUCCAGAAGAAGACGCGCAAGUUCGCCGCCGUCAAGCGCGUCAUCGGACAGCGUGAUGCGCGGCUCAAGAAGAACAUUGUCAAGAAUGAAGCCGAGGACAAGAAGAAGGCCAAGGGCGAUGAGGUGAAGAGGGAGAUCCCGCAAGUGCCCAGCAGCAUGUUCUUCCAGCACAACACCGCCCUCCAACCGCCCUACCAGAUCCUCAUCGACACCAACUUCCUCUCCCACACCGUCCACCACAAAUUACCGCUCCUACCCACGCUCAUGGACACCCUCUACGCGACAUGUACCCCGAUCAUCACGAGCUGCGUCAUGGCGGAGUUGGAGAAGCUGGGACCCAAGUACCGCAUUGCUCUACAGAUUGCGCGAGACGAACGCUUCGAGAGACUUCAGUGUGACCACAAGGGCACCUACGCAGACGACUGUAUCGUGGAUCGUGUCAUGAAACAGAGGGUCUAUCUGGUGGCUACGAACGACAGGGACUUGAAGAGAAGAGUGAGGAAAAUUCCUGGAGUGCCUAUCUUGAGCGUAGCCCGCGGCAAAUUUGUCGUCGAGCGACUACCUGAUGCCCCGGAGAAGUGA